AGGCAUGCUGUCAUCAAAAGUUGAGGAAAUGUUUUUGACAAGAUCGAGUCGAGUAAAGUCGGUGGACCUUCAUCCCACGGAAACGUGGCUAUUGGCAGCUCUUUGCAGUGGAAGCGUUCAGAUAUGGAAUUACGAGAGUCAGCUGCUUCUGAAAUCUUUCAAAAUAUGUGAUUUGCCAGUGCGCGCUGCCAAGUUUAUUUCACGCAGAAAUUGGAUUGUUCGGCUCAGAUGACAUGCAUGUCAGAAUUUUCGACUACAGCACGUCGCACUUAGUUCACCAAUUUGCGGCUCAUUCGGACUA